GCUCGUCUCGCGCUCUCUCGAUUAAUUCGAGCGAGAUCUCGUUGACUCGAGUAGUAGAGACGGAUCGUAUGCGUCUACUUGCAGAUAAGACGAAGGAGGAGAAGCCGUUAUAUAUCGCGCGUUUAAUUCCACCAUGGCGACCACAACCAACGUUAAACUGUCGCGCUGCGGCAAUCAACCGUGGGGCUUCCGGCUAUCCGGAGGAGUGGAUUUUAUGUUUCCCUUAACCGCCGUCAGAGUGACGAUCGGAGGUCUGGCUCACGAGGCCGGUCUGCAAGCGGGCGACGUGAUCGUCAAAGUGAACGAGGAACCGAUGAGUCAACUCACACACGCGCAGGCCCACGACAAACUCAUCAACGCCGGCAACGAUGUCGUUCUGUCGGUCGUGCGAAGUCACGAGAUCGCGCAACGACAACAAUAACGACGACAUAUAAAUUUUUGCAAUCUCAUCGAUAUCUUUCGCUUUGAAUAAUCGUCGCGAGUUUACACGUCGAACCUCACAUAUCGUUUCGUUUAUCACGUGACGUCAAGUCUUCCGUGAGAAAAAGUCAAUGUAUGCCAUUGCGACGACGUUGUAACAAAAAUUUGAAAUAAAAUUGUGAAAAAAAUAACUGAACGUUUCGGUCGUACGUAUAUCCACGCGUUGAGAAUUGUAAUGCAUUUUACAAAGACCGACCUUUCAUGCGAGAGAGAGAGAGAGAGAGAGCGCGCAUCUGGCACGCAUUAGUAGUGACGAUCAAGGUCUGAUGUUGCGAAAUUGUGUCGCCAAUCAAACCGCGUCACUUCGCAAUGCAAUUUGUUGACCAUCGAUCGAGCGCGGUGGGAUGUGCCUUCAACGGACUUCAUUUUUAAUCGCAAUUAUAGAUGUGUAUGUGUGUGUAUAUAUAUAUAUAAACUCUUCUCUCUUGGCCAAUCGCACAAUUUAACGCGAGGGAGAAUAAAAAACAAAAAAAAAAUACGACACGCAAUUCUCUUAUGUGUUCACAUAAUUUAUUACCGCUUUAAUAUGUAUAUAUAUAAUAUAUUAGAUAUAAUUGUUCGUAGAGAAUGUGCACGCUCUCUAUAAUCGUUACCGCACAAAAAAAAAUAUCUGUACAAUGGUCGAUCUCUCACUUUGUUUUCUUUUUCCGUCGAUUGAAUUCGCAUUCACACACGCCGCGGUCGCACGCGUACGCGUAC